ACAUCCACUCGCUUCCUAGCCAUCCUCUCGCUCCUGCGGGGCAAGGACAGAUCUCAUACCGAGACUCGUUGGCGAACUGAUGUAUCUCGCAGUUCGGCGACGAGUUUCUUCGAUCUUCACCGUCAACAAAGCGGUCGCUUACGGCCUGAAGACUACGCGCAGACAGAAUGAUGGGUUACGACCUGUGCACCGACAGUUCAACACUCUCUUGACGUCUAACAGUAUACGGCUACGAUCGCAUCAUGUUCCUUCUGCGCCCAUCCGCCAUGUUCAUGUCCGCGCGCUUUCCUAUUCCUCCAUUCCGAAGUUCAUGCUCCGAGCUCUUAGAGUGCCUGUUGGGGCCGCGACGGUGGGAGCAGGAGGACUUACUUAUGCCAACUAUCAGUUUGAAGAGAUUCGCAAGAAGUCCAAUGAAUGGCUGAGUACCGUUCAGGAUACUGCGGGCGAGCUCUUCAACACCGCGUCGGACACAUUCAAAAGCGUAUCUUCCGUUAUCUCUGGGAGUGUCGCCGACAUCAAGCUUCCCGACAUAGAAGCCCCUCAAUUCUUGAAAGAUCUCUUCAGCGGUCCGAAGAAUGACAACAAGCAGAACGGACAGGAAGGAGGUCCAGACAGCGGACAACGAAGUAGUCGACCAGAUGGCAAAGAUGUUGUCAUCGCUGGUUUGGCCGCUGACCAUUUCACCUCUUCGGAUUCGACAGCGGACGACUCCGCCGAUCCUCGGAACGGAUUAAUGCACCUCACGCGGAGACUUAUCGAGAUACGGAGUAUGCUCCUGAGCAUUGACAAGAGUGAUGCUUUGAGACUUCCCAGCAUCGUGGUCAUUGGGAGCCAGAGCUCUGGUAAAAGUUCUGUUUUGGAAGCUAUCGUUGGACACGAGUUUCUUCCGAAAGGGAGCAACAUGGUCACUCGCCGUCCUAUCGAGCUCACCCUUAUCAAUACCCCGGCUAAGGAUGGCAAGGAGCCUGAAGUGUAUGGCGAGUUCCCCGCCUUGGGACUUGGCAAGAUCUCAGACUUCUCGCGAAUUCAGAGGACCCUCACCGACCUUAACCUCGCCGUUCCUUCCACCGAGGCCGUUUCCGACGACCCCAUUGAUCUCCGGAUCUACAGCCCACACGUACCGGACCUAACUCUAAUUGAUCUCCCUGGCUAUAUCCAAAUCUCGUCUGCGGACCAGCCGGAGACGUUGAAGGAAAAGAUCGCUGCGCUCUGCGACAAGUAUAUCCAAGAACCUAACAUCAUUCUUGCCGUCUGUGCUGCCGAUGUCGACUUGGCCAACUCAACUGCUCUUAAUGCUAGCAAGCGGGUCGACCGUCUUGGAUCGCGUACUAUCGGCGUUAUAACCAAGAUGGACCUGGUACCUCCUGAACAGGGUGUGCAAAUCUUGUCUGGCGAGCAAUACCCUCUGGAGCUUGGUUACGUUGGUGUUGUCUGCAAGCCUCCUGGCAAGCAGGACCGGACGGAGUCUACCGCUCAGCUCGCUCAGCAGACAGAGCGAGACUACUUUCGUUCACAUCGCGAAUUCGCCUCCAACUCCUCACUCAUGGUUAGCACCGACAGGCUCAAGAAACUUCUCAUAAAGGUCCUCGAGUCCUCUAUGGCCUCGUCUCUGCAUGGUAUCACGAACGCUGUUCAGCUCGAGCUCGAGGACGCGCAAUACCAAUUCAAGGUUCAAUAUAACGAUCGUCGCAUUACCGCAGAGUCCUAUUUUGCCGAGACGACCGACCUCUUGAAGGCUCGUUUCAAAGAAUUUGCUACUCAGUUCCGUAAGCCUCAGAUCCGUGCGAAGCUGAGGGAAAUGUUGGACGUUCGUGUAAUGGAAGUUCUCGAGACGCUCUACUGGUCAGACAAACGGACGACUACGGAGCUUACCGCUCUGGCCGACGACCCGAAGGUCAAGCCUAAUUCUGUUGACUUGAACUGGCGCCGCAAGCUGGAGGCCGCCUCCUCGCUUGUAACGAAAUCUGGCGUCGGCCGAGACUCCACCCAGCUUAUUGCCGGCGGUAUCCACGCGCUGAUGGACUCCAUUGUCUCCGGCGAGCCCUUCACGUACCACCCGCGCGCUGCGAAGAGCCUCGUCCAGUUCUCACACACGAUCCUGCGCGAACGGGUGGGCGUGACGUUGGACCAGGUCGAGAACUGCAUCAAGCCGUACAAGUACGAGGUUGAGGUCAACGAGCGCGAAUGGGAGAUCGGGCGCACUGAGGCCGUGAAGCUCUUCGAGAACGAAAUUAAGAUGUGCGUGGACAAGCUAAAGGAGAUCGCGAGCAAGGUCGGCGGUGGGAGAAGGUUAAGCAACUUGGUCUCGUAUGUGAAGAUGCUGGAGGAGAGUGAUCGCGAGAAGAAGGCGCGAAUGCUCAAGGGCGACGCCGCGAGUGAGGCGCCCGUAGACGAGUACCGGUACCCCCCUGCUCAGAUCCUAGAUGCUCGGCGUGCUAUGCUCUUCAGCGAACGCUUGAACAUCCUCAAGCUCAGGCUUGGUGCUCUUAAGUCGAAACGUUGUCGCGCAGGCCCCGAGAACGACGCCAUCUGCCCCGAAGUUUUCCUGAGCGUCGUCGCAGACAAGCUUGCGUAUACGGCAGCCAUGUUCAUCGACAUUGAGUUGCUCGACCACUUCUUACGCGAGUUCCCACAUGUGAUCGACUCCAGGUACAGCUUCGACAGCAAAGAUAUCGCCGAGUUCGCGCGCGAGAAUCCCCGUAUCCGCGAGCAUCUCAAUCUACAAGAGCGUAAGGAUAAACUCGAGGAGGCCAUGAAGCAGCUGAACAGCCUCGCGACGCUCCGCCCAGACAUCAAGGAGCGGACUCCGCAGCGGAAGAGCUGGAUCCACUAAUAAUACAGCUCUGUUGGAUCCCUUGGAUUCUCCAUUGGUAUCUUAUUUGUUGUUGGGCCGUGUCUGCAUCUUCGGUAGUAGUGUCAUUAAUUCCCCACUUCGCAUUUGUAUUCUUUUACCGCACGCAUUUACGAGUUCCUCAAAGGCUUGCAGUUACACACAUCCAUGGUACAUUAGCGCAAUGCG